ACAUCCCCAGGUCCAUCAGCUGCCUGCCUGCUGCAGAGAUGGUGCAAGCAACUCCCUUGCUCCUCGUGCUCUUCCUGGCCCUGGGGGCUCACGGCCUCCCCCCUAUGUGGAUGUGUAAGCUGACUGGGCAAUGGCAGAAUGACCUGGGCUCCAACAUGACCAUUGAUGAAGUAAAGGAAAAUGGUGACUUCACUGGCAAGUACUUUACAGCUGUGUCAGCUUCCCCAGAAGAGAUCAAGGAAUCACCUCUGGUGGGGUCCCAGCGGCUCCCAUAUUGGAGCCAGCCCACCUUUGGUUUCACUGUCCACUGGAAUUUUACAAGUAGUCCCAUAGAGUCCAUCACUGUUUUCACGGGCCAGUGCUUUGUGGAUGAUAAUGGAAAGGAGAUUUUGAAGACCAUGUGGCUGCUGAGGUCACACGUACGGAGCCCCAGAGAUGACUGGAAAGCCACCUUGGUUGGCUACAACACAUUCUGGCGCAAGGAAGAUCUCAUGGAUUGAGGGCUGGUAGCAUUGGAGCUCCCAGAGAAGAGGAAGAGCCAGGUUGUUGCCCAUCCUCCUGCGUCAGCACAUCCUUUAGCACCUCCUUCAGCACCUGCUUCAGCACUGCCUUCAGCAUCUUCAGCACCUUUAUUCUCCCAAUAAAUCUUCUCU